ACGUAGCACUUCGGGGGGUGAAAAAGGCAAAAUUGUAGUCGACUAAGAAAAAGGCAAAGGUCCUACCAAAAGAAAAAAAAAAAAGGCCUGCGCGUUGCCAUAGCUACGCCUUAGUUUGGGUCCCUCCUCCUGCCGGGCUGGUGGAAAGCUUCCUGAAUUCUUGUGAAAUUAUAAAUCUAUCCCAGAAGACAACAGAAGUAACUCAGGAAGAAUGGAAGGGGACCAGUUGGAAGCCCUGGACUUCUCUUCAGAAGGUUUGCAUGCUGAGGUGACUAUGGUAGUGACAGGAGAACCUCCUGGUGCUGUAGAAGAAGAACUAGAUAAUGAAGAAGAGGAAGAAACCUCCGUAGAAGUCAUAGAUUCACUGUCCCUUCUAGACGUGCUGAGGGUCUCUACCAUUAUGGAGGACAUCAUCGACCAGCUUUCUAUUCUAGGCUACAUCAUUCCAGUCCAAUAUGAAAGAAGGCAGAGCCUCAGCCAGAAAACCAGUCAUGAAAGAACAUCAAUGGCCUCAAGUACAAGGAAAUCAUCUGUUCCUUUGUCAGCUAAGGAAAAAUCCACUGGGCCAGAAAUCAAACAACGAGGCCAGGACUUUAUCUUAAAGACUCCUACAAGGCAGACCAUGAUGACCCUGGAGACACUGAAGAAAAUUCAGAAUGACAGGCAAUAUUUCAGUGACGUGAUUGCAAAUGCCAUGAAGGAGAUGCAAGAUUCUGGCUCAUUCAGGAGUCUCCUGGAAACCUUGGGCAAAGAAAGGGAUAAUAGAAUUAAUUUCCAUGAUGUCAUCACAAGGGAGGAAAAAGGAAGAAGACAGAUAAAAUCUCUUCAAAAACAGUUAGUUGAUGUCAAAAAGGAGCGCCAAAUGCAAGUACAGAAUGGGAAUGAAUACAUUGCUCACCUCAAAGACCAGUUACAAGAGAUGAAGGCCAAAACCAACUUGGAGAAUCUUUAUAUGAAAAGAAAUACUGAGCUGCAGAUUUCCCAGACCCAGAAGAAAUGCAACAGAGCAGAGGAACUCUUGCUGGAGGAGAUUGAGAAACUAAGGAUGAAAACUGAAGAAGAGAACCGAGUUCACAUGGAGAUUGAAAUGUUCCUUAGGAAAGAGCAGCAGAAACUUGAGGAGAAGCUAGAGUUCUGGAUGGAGAAAUUUGAUAAAGACACAGAAGCAAAGCAGAAUGAGUUAAAUGCUCUCAAGGCUGCCAAGGCCUCCGACCUAGCUCACCUUCAAGACCUGGCAAAGACGAUCCGGGAGUAUGAGCAGGUCAUUAUUGAGGACCGGUUGGAAAAGGAGAAGACCAGGAAGAAGAUGGAGCAGGAUGACCUGGAGCUGAAGAGCAUUGUGAAGCUCCAGGCCUGGUGGCGAGGUACAGUGGUCAGGAAGGAAAUCGGAGGUUUCAAAUUGCCCAAGAAAGAGAAAGAUGACAGCAAAGAUUCCAAAGGCAAGGAGAAGGAAAAACGGAGAGGCAAGAAGUGACAAGUGACAAAUGCCUGUUGUUCUUUCCUCUGGUUUCAAGAGGCACAAAUGAUGCUGUCACAACACUCAUCUGUGGGUUGUCAUCCAUGACGCCUAGGGAUUUCUCUAGGCUUGUUGCCCUAGUUUUCAAACCCCGAAUGGGGCUACAACACGGCUGUAGGGCCUCUUCACCAGGCUGUGGACUUGGGGGAGAAGUGUUGAGUAGCUUCUUCUUCCUCACAGAAAACAGCUCAUUGGCUUAUAGUGAUGCUUUUACUAAAAACUCCUGUACUAUUUCUGAUUCUGAUUUUAUGCCAUAUGAUUAAAGUGAAAAACUGCUAUAA